AUGUGCAGGCGUGCCCUGCCCACUGAGUGCCGUGGAACCAAAGUGGACAAGAUCUUUGGCUGCGAUUCCGUGGCCUUGGAUCAGUGCGACAGCAAGUACACCUCCACAGGCCAAGGACAGUUCCUGCAAUGUGGAGCAAGUGGCCCGAACUGCCUGGGCAUAGGGCCAUUCUGCCGCGAAUACCUUGAGCUGGAGCUGGAGUAUUUGAUCGUAGGAGGUGGCGGUGGUGGUGGAUCGGGAGGUGGUGGAGCUGGCGGCUUACUCAAAGGGACUGGUCUCAAGAUGAAGCCCGGGGAUAGCAUACUCGCCGUGGUGGGCGCUGGCGGCGUUUCUGGCGGCGGCGGUGCAGGUACCCCAGCCACACUGCAGCCAAUGAGCGGUUCUGAGUCGAAGCUCGGCGACAUGCAGGCGAUGGGUGGUGGCCAUGGUGGGGGCGGCAUGGAUAGCAAAGCCACUGCGGGGAAUGGCGGGUCUGGCGGGGGCGGAGCCUUUGACGCCAACACGGUGACUCGCACCAGCGGCACCAGCGGCCAGGGCCACGGGGGUGGCCGCACUGACCGCAACUCCUAUGGCGCAGGGGGCGGCGGUGGCGGAGCCGGCGGGGCUGGCAAGGACGCGGCUGCGAUACACAUGGCCGGAGCUGGGGGCGACGGCCUUGCAGUGGACAUCACCGGAGAGAAGAUUUGGUAUGCUGGAGGCGGCGGUGGCGGUGUGAACCACAAUGGCAACGUGCUUGUCACCAGCGCCGGUGGUCUUGGUGGACGAGGUGGAGGCGGAAAGGGUUCGGACUGGGCCAGCACAGGCAGUGCCAAUUUCAUGAAGUUUACCGGAACAGAUGGUGCUCCCAACACUGGCGGUGGUGGUGGAGGGACAGAUCCGGAAAGCCGAAUUGCUGGGGAUGGCGGCUCCGGCAUGGUGGUGGUCCGGUACAAGGCCCCACAGCCCUACAUGCUUGGUGGGUAUGUGACCUCCAAGCUGGGCUACCAAAUCCACACUUUCAAGAAUGUGGGUUCAGAAAAGUUGGAGUACAGCCCAGGUAUAGAGGCGGUGCAGAUGCGAUUCCUGGUUGUAGGUGGAGGCGGAGGCGCAGGAUCGGGUGGCGGUGGAGGAGGAGGCGUGGUGCAGGGCCACAUCUUCAUGAAGAAGGGCGAGACGUGGACGGUGCAGGUUGGGGCUGGCGGCGCGUUCGGCCAAGGCGGUGCUGGCCAUGCGGACGUGGCGGUCACGGCCUCCGCCGGCGAGGACUCCAAACUGGGCGCCCUGCUGGCCUUGGGUGGCGGGCACGGGGCUGACCGCCGGCGGGAGCCGGGGGCUGGGGCCUCUGGGGGCGGCGGCGGCUUCGACGACACCGAGAGCAAGCCGGGCCGCGGCUCGCCGGGCCAGGGGCACUUCGGCGGCCUCACGGACCGAGGCAGCUACGGCGCUGGAGGCGGCGGGGGAGGAGCGGGCAGCCCGGGCAGCACUUGUAGCGCGAUCCACCUCGGGGGCAAUGGCGGGGAUGGCGUCAGCUCCGACAUCACGGGCACGGAGAAGUGGUACGGCGGCGGCGGAGGAGGAGGAGUGAACCACAACGGUGACGUCUCAGUCAGCAAUGGUGGCGGCACUGGCGGUCGUGGUGGUGGAGGGACUGGGUCUAACUGGGGCAGCACAAGCGCAAGCAACUUCAACAAGUUCACCGGCACUGAUGGAGCGCCCAACACUGGCGGUGGAGGAGGCGGCACUGAUCCGGAGUGCAAAGUUGCAGGGAAAGGUGGCUCUGGCAUUGUGGUGGUCCGGUACACCAGCACUGUCCCCCUGCUUGAUGGGGGGGUCAUCACAGUGGUCGGGGGAGACCAGAUUCACACCUUUACCAAUACUGGCACGGACACCCUCUCGUAUCCAUAG